UGGCAACAACACUACAACAUUACCUCUUGUGUAACCAGUGCUGAUACACUCGACAUCGAUUUUUCUUCUAGGAAAACAAACAUCCCUCAUUUUAACUGAGCAAAGACUGAACACCGGUCCCUUCUUUUUGACAACACACCAGGACCAACAUGGUCGGAUUCCGCUGUUUUCCGGUAAUCCUGUGGCUGGCCCUGACCGCCGUGCUGGGCUCGGUACUCGGGCUUGGUGAGGACCUCGACCGGCCUUUGUUCGGGCCUCCUGGCUCUUCUAUCCGUCUGCAGGAGUCGGAUCCAGGCCUGAAGAAGGCUCUGGAGUUCGCCGAGGAGCGCUACAACCGGGGCUCCAACGCGAUGCACCUCCGCAAAGUCAGCCGGCUCAUCUCUGCCACCAAACAGCUGGUUAAGGGUAUCCGCUACACUAUAACAGUGGAACUGAGUAACACUCAAUGUAAGAAAUCCACCAUGCUCAGGACAUGUGACUUCUAUCCCGUGUCACAGAAACUCAAGACGGAGGUAUGUGUUUUUGAAGUGUGGGACGUUCCCUGGCAGGGCACUUCAACUCUGCUCAAACAGAAGUGCCAGCCUAAAGUUGAACCUCAACUAGAGGAGACCAACAAGGUCGUGGACGCAUUCACCAGCAAGCCCCUGGAGGAGUCUGUGGAGCUGUUGGGCCAGUUCAAAGAGUUCAUGGUUAAAUACAGCAAGGUCUACAGCAGCCAAGAGGAGACCGACCGUCGGUUGCGCAUCUUCCACGAGAACCUGAAGACUGCUGAGAAGAUCCAGUCUUUGGAUCAAGGUUCAGCUGAGUAUGGAGUCACCAAGUUCAGCGACCUAACUGAGGAAGAGUUUCGCUCUACGUACCUGAACCCGCUACUGAGUCAAUGGACUCUUCAUCGACCAAUGAAACCGGCCUCACCUGCCCGAGACCCCGCCCCUCCCAGCUGGGACUGGCGGGAUCAUGGAGCUGUCACACCUGUUAAGAACCAGGGUAUGUGUGGAUCCUGCUGGGCAUUUUCUGUUACGGGCAACAUUGAAGGCCAGUGGUUCCUGAAAAAUGGCACGCUGCUGUCCCUCUCUGAACAAGAGCUGGUUGACUGUGAUGGGCUAGACCAGGCGUGCCGUGGAGGGCUGCCGUCCAAUGCUUAUGAAGCUAUUGAGAAGCUGGGUGGUCUGGAGACAGAGACUGACUACACCUACAGCGGGCACAAGCAGAGGUGCGACUUCACCACCAUGAAGGUGGCCGCCUACAUCAACAGCUCUGUGGAGCUGUCCAAAGAUGAGAAGGAAAUUGCAGCUUGGCUGGCUGAGAAUGGACCAAUCUCUGUUGCUCUAAAUGCCUUUGCCAUGCAGUUCUACAGGAAGGGUGUGUCUCACCCUUUGAAAAUCUUCUGUAACCCCUGGAUGAUCGACCACGCUGUGCUGCUGGUGGGAUACGGAGACCGUAACGGUGUCCCAUUCUGGGCCAUCAAAAACAGCUGGGGGGAAGAUUAUGGAGACCAGGGUUACUACUACCUAUACAGGGGGUCCAAUGCGUGUGGGAUCAACAAGAUGUGCUCAUCUGCUGUAGUCAACUAAACCACUAACACUACACAUUCUCACACACACACACACACACACACACACACACACACACACACACACACACACACACACAUUUGAUCCAUUGUUUCCGUUAAACCAGAUGUUGCACCUUCAUACCUCACACCUCGUGUUACUAUACUAGAAACAUACCAGCUCUAAUUAAGCUAGUGUUUUUGAGAAAUUUUUGAGUGAUUUUAAAGUAGAUUUUAUUUGCAUUUUGUUCCACAAGUCAUAAAGAUUGCUGUGUUUUAGGCAGUAUUGGUUUUAACUCUCCUCAUUGUAACUGAGCCCAUGAUCAAUAAAGAAUGUGCACUAAUUCUAGUUAGACUGCUGUCUUGUCAGUUUUCUCGGAUGUUUUGUUUCCAGUGUUUCUGCUAAUGCUAUGUAGUACUUUUGAAAGAUGGGAGUUUUACCUUAUGUAUUGGUCUGCACAUUACUCCAUAGCUGCAAUGCAAUUGUAAAAACUGCUGUAAGACAGUGAGAAAUGAAUGAUGGUUGAAUAAAGAAUUGUGGAAGCCUG